AUGCAAUCGGCUGGAGGUCACAUGCGUCAUCGAAAGGCAUAUGCAAUGCGAGGGGCUCUAUCGACAACUGCCUCCUCCUCUCCAUCAUCUUCGGCAACCAUCAAGUUUGACUUUGACAAUAUUCGAAAUGAAAUCAUGAAUUACUGGCUGAUUUCUGAAGCAGCAUCUCCCAAAGGAUCUACCACGAACGCGAGAUAUUGCUGCUUUACCUACCAUGAUGGUCGACGCGAGUAUCUCAAACCAUCCGCGAAUUGGCAUUGGCUGGAUAAGGAGCUGAGUUCCAAUUUUGCGGGGGAGACUGGGGCAGUUCAUAUUUACAAGGGCGCCCUAGCGGCCUUGUCGAUCCGACCCAUCAACGAUGACGUGUUGGAAUUCUGUCAGUCGCACAUGGCCAAUGAAGCCUCUCAUUUGCAAAUGUUUGAGUAUAUCGUGCCUGAUGGAAAGCGAACCAAAUUGCUACCAAUAUGGAGAUUAGCUGGCUUUACGUUGGGUUUCUUUCCGACGCUAUUGGGAGGUAGCCGAGCGUUGUAUGUGACGGUAGAAGCAGUGGAAACCUUUGUGGAAGAACACUUUCAAGACCAGAUAGUUCCAUUAAAGAAGCAAAAUGCAUGUCCGGACUUGGUGAAGCUACUAGAAUCUUGCUGUGAAGAUGAAGUGCACCACAAGGAAGAUGCCGCCCGUCGAUUACUAAAUCAAGACAAUCCAGGCAUCGACGCCUUUUGGGUGCAGCCGUGGACAUCACUUGUCCGAGGAGGUUCCGCGCUUGCAGCUGAGAUUGCUAGAAGAGUAUAA